GUUUUGUUUGUCAAGUGAACCAAACCCACAUGUCAAUAUUAUUUAAUUUUUUUAAUAGACUUUCCUCUUAGUUUUCGUGGAAACGCUUGAGACUGCUAUGGACCCAGUUUCCACACAAUCAAUGGUACUGGAAGUCCUCCAAAGGGCUUCCAGCCAAAAUGCAGAUAUACUGAAACCUGCAGAAGCCAAACUUAGAGAAUGGGAAAUCCAACCUGGAUUUUAUUCAAUGCUUUAUAAUAUAUUAUCGAACCACUCAAUUGACUUGAAUGUCCGAUGGAUAGCUGUAUUGUACCUCAAAAUUGGAGUGGAUAGGUACUGGAGGAAAAGUGCACCUAAUGCCAUAAGUGAAGAUGAGAAGAGGACAAUACGGCAAGCAUUGGGUUCUAAUUACCAAGAGCCUGUCAAUCAGAUUGCUAUACAAUUGGCUGUGCUUGUUUCUAAAGUUGCUAGAAUGGACUGCCCCCGUGAUUGGCCUGAGCUCUUUCCUAUGCUCCUUCAGGCUGUUGAAAGUUCCGACCCUAUUGUUCAACAUAGAUCUUUACUCACAUUGCAUCAUGUUGUUAAGGCUAUUUCUUCAAAAAGGCUACCAGGUGAUCGAAGAUUGUUUCAAGAAUUUACCUCGAAUAUUUACUCUUUUAUUUUGAACUUAUGGAAUAACUUCACCGAGUGCUUUAUCAAUAGCGUUAUGCAAAACGCGUCCGUGGAUACAAUUAAUUCUAAUCUAGAAAAGGCGUUACUAACAUUGAGGAUAUUAAGGAAGUUAACCGUCCAUGGAUUCUACAAACCACACUUAAACCAGAAUUGUAUGUCUUUCAUGAAAGUUGUUUUCGAUAGGGCGCGCGCUUGUCUCAUGUGCAGAAAGCAGUUAUCAUCGAAAGCAGCUUAUUUAGUUGAGACAUGCGAAAAGUUAAUUAUCCACCUCACUAAAAUACUUCUUUCUGUGCUGGACGUGCAUCCGCUCAGUUUUGUAGAAUUUAUUCAACCCACGUUAGACUUUACCUUCUCUUACAUCUUCACAUCCGAAGGAACCGAGUUCAUAUUCGAACGACUUACUAUUCAAUGUUUCAAUUUGAUCAAAGGGAUCUUGCUGUGUCCGCAAUACAGACCAGCUAAAAUUCUAGAGAUGACGAAGGAACAGGAUACUUUGAAAGCGUACCAAAUCAAGAGUGACUUCUUCCAACCCAACACGCUGACUGUAAUGUGCAAAAAGCUGGUUUCCCAUUACUUUAUUUUAACUCAGGAGGAUUUGGAACUUUGGGACGCGGAUCCUGAGACCUUUGCCAACGACGAAGGAGGGGAAUGCUGGAAAUAUAGUUUAAGACCGAGUAUGGAAACCGUUUUUGUGACCUUAUUCCACGAAUUUCGAGACACACUGGCUCCUGUCUUACUGGAAAUGAUACGUGAAACACAUGUAAUUGUUUCACCUGAGGAUUUGCAGGGAAUCCUGAGGAAGGAUGCUGUGUAUAAUGCCGUCGGUUUGGCUGCCUUUGAUAUGUAUGAUGAGGUUGAUUUUGAUCAAUGGUUUACAAACACGUUAACGCAAGAAUUAAAAAUUAAACACAAUAACUAUAGGGUAAUUAGGAGGAGAGUAUCUUGGCUGAUUGGUAGCUGGACAGGCAUUAAAUUAUCACCAGAACUGCGCCCGGCCUUGUAUUCUUGCGUGGCCAACUUGUUGAACCCUGAAGAGGAUAUGGCCGUACGGUUGACAGCGUCAACGGCUUUAAGACAUGCAAUUGAUGACUUCGAAUUUAAUUCGGAUCAAUUUAAACCUUAUUUGGACUCACUUUUUAAUUUACUGUUCACGUUGCUGCACGAGGCUCAAGAAGGCGAAACUAAGAUGCACGUACUGAAUGUAAUGACGUUACUUGUUGAACGUGUCGGUCAAACUGUUUCUCCGCACACUGAUGGUCUCAUCCAUUAUUUACCAUUGCUGUGGCGCGAAUCUGAGGAACACAAUAUGCUCAGGUGCGCAAUUGUAGCUACGCUAGUGCAAUUAGUCAAAGCACUGGGUAAGGUCAGCGCCGAAUUAAACCCUUUCCUUUUGCCCGUUAUCCAAUUGGGAACGGAUACCACCCAAAGUGCCAUAGUAUACCUACUCGAAGACUGCUUGGAAUUGUGGUUAACCGUGUUAGAAAAUUCCACCACGAUGACCAAUGAAUUAGUGCAGCUGUUUAACAAUAUGCCGACUUUAAUAGAAUAUAAUUCGGAAAAUCUCAGAUGGUGUUUGUUGGUCACUCUUGCCCAUGUUCUCUUAUCCCCUGAUGUUGUUAUGGAAACACAGGGCAGACAAAUAGUUACUGUAUGUAAUUCAAUCCUUAGCGAUAUGAGAACGGAGGGUAUCGUUAUGGUGGUAGGACUUAUGGAAACCUUUAUAAGGGCAUCUCCAAUGAAAGGAUGCGAGACGGUCAAAUUAAUUUUGCCUAAGAUUUUCGAAAACAUCUAUCAAACUGACGAACUGCCGACAGUGCUCUCAAUGUAUUUGUGUGUAGUAAGUAGGGUUUUACUGGCCACCCACGAAGUCUUCACACAAACCUUAAGGGAUUUGGCGCAUCGGAACUACGACAACGAGGAGAACAUUCUGAGUAAGAUACUCGAUGUGUGGGUGAAGAAGAUGCCGAACGUCUCGCAGAUAGAGCACAGGAAACUCCUAGGUUUAGCCUUAACGAAUUUGCUGACUACUCAAAGUCAAUCGGUUUUGAGACGGUUUCGCGGUAUCAUGGUGAACAUACUGGAGGCUCUCAAUGAUGUAAUGAAGACUGAUGAAAGUAGCAUUAAUAUGGACUCUUUGGUGCUGUCCGAAGGUCAGAGUCCCAGCCACUUCCACGAAGAUUCUGAUAGUUACUAUGAUACCGAGCACGACCAAAGAAAGAAGCAGCUCAUUGUGGUGGAUCCCGUUCACACUAUAGUUCUUAAGGACUACCUACAAUCACAAAUUUAUAUCCUUAGAAAUCAAUUGGGUCAAGCACACUAUGAGCAACUACUGCAGCAAAUUGAUGCCGAUACUGUAACGCAGUUGCGAGAGUACAUUGUAUUAUAAGGAAGUGUACAUUUCUAUUGCAUAAAGAACUUUCCAAUUUUUAUUUUAUUUUUUACUAUGCAAUUAUCUGAAAUAGUAAAUAGUUAAUUAGGAAACUGUUAUCCUAAAGAAAUAUCUUUUUUAUAUAUAAUUUAACUGUU